UAAGGGCUCAGGGCUGAGGUCUCAGGCCGGGCCUGAGGCACUGGCCUUGUCCCAGGGGCUGCUUCUGUGCCUGCUGCUGAGCAUGGAUGAGGUGUGGGCAUCCAAGGGGCCACUGCGGCCACUGUGCCGGCCCAUCAAUGCCACCCUGGCUGCUGAGAACGAGGCCUGCCCCAUCUGCAUCACCUUCACCACCAGCAUCUGUGCCGGCUACUGCCCCAGCAUGGUGCGGGUGCUGCCUGCUGCCCUGCCGCCUGUACCCCAGCCAGUAUGCACCUACCGUGAGCUGCGCUUUGCCUCUGUCCGGCUCCCUGGCUGCCCGCCUGGUGUGGACCCCACGGUCUCCUUCCCUGUGGCCCUCAGCUGCCACUGUGGGCCCUGCCGCCUCAGCAGCUCUGACUGUGGGGGUCCUAGAACCCAACCCUUGGCCUGCGAUCACCCCCACCUCCCAGGACUCCUCUUCUUUUAAAGACCUCCCCAACCUCCCAUGUCUACCCCAACUUCUGGAGCCAA